AGUGACUUCACCUUUUUUUACAUUAGUGGUAUAAAAAGGCAGAAAUAAGUCGUAGUGAGCACUUUAUGCAGGCGCUUAGCUUAGACAGAAUGUUUGCCUCUAAAUUUCUUACUGUGCUGCGGGCCGGCUGAAAUUCCCAAUUUGACAAAGAGAAAAUGGCAGCAAAAGGGCCGCGGGUGUCCAAAGAGCAGGCGGCUAUUCUCGUGCAGUUCAUCGAGCAGCACCCAUACCUGGCGAGAGCUUCUACAGAGUUCUCGCCACGUAUGACUGCUGCUCGAAAAAACGAACUGUGGGAGGAGGUGGCGGCGGUGCUUAACGCACAGGGGCCAGCCGUAAAGGCCACCAGCCGUUGGCGGAACCAUUGGGCCAAGAUGGCCCAUAAAGCGAAAAAAGAAGCGGCCAGGGCCGCGAGCGAGAAGAGGGCUACUGGAGGUGGCAAAGUGGGUGGCGUGGACGGCCGCGUCCUCGACGUCCUUAUGAGGACAGGAGGGGUCCUUGUUUCCCCCCCUGAGUACUUCCCCGAUAGCGAGGACGAGGCAAGUUCAGAGGAAGCUGCAGGGCCCAGCGGUUCCCGCAGAAAUCUACCAGCGACAACUGCUUUCGUGGUGUCGGGCCCUGCAGCUGUUGCUGGGCCAAGUGGCCUUACACAGCCACCGGCUACGCCCCAGGUUCUGCGGCCUACCACCCAGGUGCCGCGGCCUACCACCCAGGUGCCGCAGCCAACCCCGCAGGUGCCGCAGCCAACCCCGCAGGUGCCGCAGCCAACCCCGCAGGUGCCACAGCCUACCCCCCAGGUGCCGCAGCCUACCCCUCGAGAGCCACGGGCACCCCGUAGACAGCCCAGGCAGCAGGAACUUGAUGGUGCUGUGAUGACGGCUACUGCCGCAUACGUUCGCCAGAGCCAGUUGGAGGAAGCCAGAGUUCAAGAGGACACUCGCUUCCGCCAACAACUGCUGGAACAAAACCGGCAGCACCACGAGGCCCACCUGCAGAGCCUGCGGCAGCACCACGAGGCCCACAUAGAGAGCCUGCGGCACCUCGGGGAGGAGGUGGCGGCAAUGCGGGAAGUGGAGUCUCAGCGCCUCGAAGUGCAGCGGCAACGCCUCGAAGUGGCGCGUCGGUCGCACGAGACCAACGAGCGCCUGCUUCAGCUGCUGCUGGCUGCACUGGGGCAUGGUGGCAGCCAAGCCCCUCCCCCCUCUCAGGCCCCACAUAAUUAAAGGUAGCAUAGGCAAGGAAUUUGUAACUUAUCUUAAAAUUUGCUGAUGUAUUAAUGAUAUGAAGGGCAAAUAUUGCUAGUUUGCAAAUAAAUAAUUGCUGAAGUCACCCUUUAAUGCAACCAUAAGUAGCAUAGCCGUUGCAGCAUGAAUUUUUUCUUCAAGGUUUACUUCAGCCAUAAGAGCGUGCACACCAUCAGGCUCACCUGCAAAAGUGCCUGUAGGCCUGGUGUGUGUGGGCAUUCCGACUGUGGCACUGCAAUUUUGAGGUGCCUAGUUAUUGUCAUGUCAAUUUAAGCACGACGCCACACUGCAAGUGUUCUACAAUUUAAUCCUUGUCAUCGAAUGGUGAAAUUUUCAGGCCUUACUAUAAUGUCGAAAGCAACCUGUCAAUAUACACAGCAAAAAAGAAAAAAGUUAUGAAAAUUCCUUGCCUAUGCUCCUUCUUUUCAUUUGUAAUGUUUAUUUUUUGUUUGUUGCAUAUGCAUAUUUGUUUGUGUCACUACGUACUGAGCUGGAAUGUCUCUUUUCUUGCACAUCUGUCUCAUUAUCAAACAAUUUGUUGUCAUUCAGUAAUCUUUCAGGUUGUGAUACAUUGUAUUUUAGCCCUUGUGGUGCAAUUUGUGUGUAAUAUUUAUGCAGUUUGUCUUACUGAAUAUCAUAAUAUGGUGCUAUGGCUCUUUCACUUUGAGCACCACAACAGCAUGUUCCUUUCACAUGUAGUGAUGUACCUAUACAUUUCGCUGUGAUAAAUAUUCGGUUGGCAUGUGAUUUAAGCACCUGCUCAUUUCUGUUGCUGGUGCAGUUUAAGCCAGUUGUUAUUACUGUGUACUUGUGCAGUGUACAACAGUUUUCUUAAACGAUGCAUGCCGUUACCUGUGAUAUAUUAUGAUGCAAGAACAAUGUGAUCCGAUAUUUAUUCCAACAUGUCUGUGAUAUGUUGCAUAAUGUCUCUACUACUGAGUACUCAUGAUUCUCACACUUCUUCAAUGUAGAGACUGUCGCAUGUGAUGUGUACAUAAACAAGUGUAUGUUGAAGGCUGAAAUACAGAAAGGUGCAGUUUUC